AUGAAGCCUUCCGUCAUUCUCUCAACGUCUGUCUUUGCGGGCACCACUGUUGCUCGACUGUACAAACGCGACGAGCUCGUUGCCAGAGCAGACUCGAGCAGUUCGCUCAGCACAGCUUCUGUCGUUGCAAACCCCACCGACACAGGAACCGAUGGGGGGGAAGAGACUUUGUCUACCGACACAGGGGCUCCCGCCACCGUCAGCACCACGGCAUCUUCAGCCAGCAUGAGCCCAACAAUCCCUUCCACAUAUGACUGUUUGAGUGAUUGCAAUAGCAACUACGAUAAAUGCCGCACCACUCCCGGCGCCAACAUGUCCACUUGUGCAGCUCAAUACGCCGGAUGCCUUGGUUAUAACCCCUUUCAAGGAGGCUCUCUUGUUACACCGACUGCUUGUUCAGCUCCUGCGUCCGACACACCUAAGCCUACUCAGUCAGCUCCGGGUGCGAACAUGUCUACUUGUGCAGCUCAAUACGCUGGCUGUCUUGGGUACAACCCGUUCGAAGGAGGGUCACUCGUUACACCAACCGCUUGUUCCGUCACUGCAUCCGAAACAUCCAAGCCUACUCAGUCGGGCACAAGCGACUGCCUGAACGACUGUAACAAUAAAUAUGAUAAAUGUCGCACAGCCCCCGGCGCCAACAUGGCCACCUGCGCGUCCGAGUACGCUGGAUGUCUUGGCUACAACCCUUUUGAAGGCGGGUCGCUUGUUGCGCCUACUGCUUGCUCUGACAAAGCUGAGCCUACCCAGUCGGGCACAGACGAGUGUGUGAAGGAGUGCAACAGUGACUACGAUAAAUGCCGUACAGCACCCGAUGCCAACAUGUCCACUUGUGCUGCUCAGUACUCCCAGUGCCUUGGGUACAACCCUUUUGACGGCUCUGAAUCACUUGCCACACCUACCGCUUGUUCAAGCGGUGCUGGGACUACUGCGACAGAUACAGGUGUAGUGCAGUCAUCCAUGGCGUCACAGUCUCCCUCACCUCUGCCAGACACAACAAUGCAAAUGACUGGGACAUAUGAGAAUCCUGUAGCUACAUGUACUUCUGACAUGUGCGCAGAACCCACCAUGACCGAGUCGCCUGUCGUGGUUGACGGUGCUGAGAGUCUUCGACCUUGGAUGCCUUUGGUGGCAUUGGUAGCGCUAGCUGUACUGUAA